UAAUAAUGACCACUUCCCAACCUGAACUGUAUAUUGCAUAUCAAUUGUUAAAUGAAACUGAAAUGUCAUACAUUUCAACUUUUCACAUGCAAGUUUAAUUUGAUUAUUACUUUAUGAUUGUGAAUAAAAAAAAGAAUUUCCGCCCACAUAAUAACAAAUACCAACAUGAAAUUAAUUUCAAGAGAAAACACAGAACGUGAGGGUGAAAGGUCAAAAUUAUUAUCACUUUAUUUAUUAAUAAAUUAUCAAUCGUCUCCAGUGUAGUAAACAUCGAUAAGCCACAUCGCAACAAGUGUUAAUAAACUCCCCCAAAAAUGGCUGGAGGUCACUUCAAGGCCCGCCUCAUCGAAUUCCUCGAAACCCAUCGAGGCCUCGUCGUUCUCUUCUUCUGCCUUCCUGCUAGUUACAUUUUUAAUUUCAUCCUAACAUUCCGCAAAACUCUUCACCGGUUCUUCAGCAAUCCGAAAAACCACGACUCUCGCGUCCGAACAAUCCAGAAACAAAUCCAACAAUGGAACAAGAUCCCCAAAGACGAAAGAAAACUCUUAUGUACAGCGCGCCCCAAUUGGUUAAGCCUAUCUACCACUUUUUACCGCAAAGACCUCUGUCAUAAAAUCAACGUCGAUUUGUUCAACAUUUUGGAAUUGGAUCAACACAACCUGACUGUUAGAGUCGAACCCAUGGUCACAGUGGGCGAAAUCACGAAAUAUCUCAUCCCAAGAGGCUACACACUGGCUGUGACUCUUGAAAUCGCUGAUGCUACUCUAGGCGGCCUUGCGUUGGGUACCGGAAUGACGACACAUUCUCACAAAGUAGGGCUUUACCACGAAACGAUCAUCUCCUACGAGGUUGUUUUACACGAUGGAAGCCUUGUUAGGGCUACAAGGAAUGAAAAUACGGACCUGUAUAAAACUUUGCCUUGGUCACACGGAAGCCUAGGUUUUCUCGUAGCUCUAACCUUGAAACUUGUCAAAGUGAAACCUUUCAUCAAAAUGAAUUACAUUCCAAUCCAAGGUAAAAAGAAUUACUGUGACAUGAUAAGAUUACUGUCCGGUGAUAGUGGCAAUUAUCCCACUGAAGACUACGUCGAAGCAACCAUUUUUAGCCCCGAAAAAGCUGUAAUCAUGACAGGGUCUUACUCCGACUACGACCCAAACCUCCCAAUAAACCACGUAACCCGUUGGUACAAACCUUGGUUUUAUAAAUACACAGAAUCAUUUUUGAAAAAAGGCAAACACACAGAGUUGAUCCCCCUUCGUGAGUAUUUACUGAGACACAAUCGGGCGAUUUUCUGGGUUGUCGAAUCAAUGAUUCCUUUUGGUAACAACCCAAUAUUUCGCCUUUUCUUCGGCUGGCUCUUACCCCCAAAACCGGCAUUUCUCAAAUUCACCACAACCCCAGGUGUGCGAGCUUACACUUUCACGAGACAAGUUUUUCAAGAUAUCGUUUUACCCAUCCGCAAACUAGAAGAUCAAAUCGAUAAAUCGGAUGAACUUUUCGACGCAUAUCCACUUCUUGUUUAUCCUUGCAGGAUUUAUGACCGAGGGCCGGCUUCCGGUCAGUUGAAAGCGCCUCGGAAGGACUACAUCGUAGAAGGCACUGAUUAUGCCAUGUAUAACGAUUUGGGGAUUUAUGGGGUACCUGGCUAUGUGAAAAGGAAGGAGAAAUAUAACCCGGUUUAUGCUAUGAGAGAAAUGGAGAAAUUUACGCGAGACAUUGGGGGAUUUUCGUUCUUGUAUGCCGACAUUUUCAUGACUAGAGAGGAGUUCGAGGAAAUGUUUGACUUGACGUUGUAUGAGAAAGUGAGGGUGAAGUAUGGAGCCGAAGGCUCAUUCCCACAUCUUUACGAUAAAGUCAAACCAGAAAUCGACGUAUUUGAAGUAGGGCAACGAUUCGAAAUCAAGUGAAAUUUCAACAAAUCAAUGGUUUUGUUAAUUUUUGUACAAGUAUUUUUCUAUUAUAAUAAAUCUAAUCUUAUUUAAA